GAGGGACAGACAGACACAGAGAUAGAGAGAGGCAGACAGUGAAAGAGAGAGAGAGAGAGAGAGUUCCUGCUUCUUUAAGUUCUGCGCGUUUUUUAAUGGGAUGGGCCAUUUUCAUAACGUCAUUUCAUUCCUCCCUCCUUUUUUUCAUUUCUUCUUCUUUGAUUCUCUCUCUCUCUCUCUCUCUCUCUCCCUCCCUCGUUUCCUAAAGUGCACGAGCUCGCCCGAGCCUCCACGUUUUUCGGAUCUUCUGUAGUCGGCGGUCAAAUCUCUCCUCUUCUCCUCCUGCGCGCGCUGUCUCGCUCUCUCUCCCUCUCCCUCUCGCUCCCUCCCUCACUCUCUCUUUCUCUCCCUCCUGCGCGAGCUUUCCAAACUUGCGCUGCUGCUGCUGCACCGGGAGCGCGAGAGCAGCGCGGCGGCGAUGGUGGACGCGCCGGUACCGCUACCGCUGCUGAAGAAGGAGAAGGAGAGGAAGAGGAUGAUGAUGAUGAUGAUGGUGUUUAACUGUGAAACCUUGCUCAUCUGAUCGCGCUUUUCUCACUCCGGAUCGAUUUCUCCGUUUUUUUUUUUACACCAUGAUGUAUUCUCCUCUGUGUCUGACUCAGGAUGAGUUCCAUCCGUUCAUCGAGGCCCUGCUGCCGCAUGUCCGCGCCUUCGCCUACACUUGGUUCAACCUUCAGGCGCGUAAACGCAAGUACUUCAAAAAGCAUGAGAAGCGCAUGACCAAAGACGAGGAGCGUGCCGUCAAGGACGAGCUGCUAGGCGAGAAGCCUGAGGUCAAGCAGAAGUGGGCGUCGCGCCUGCUCGCCAAGCUGCGCAAGGACAUCCGGCCUGAGUGCCGCGAGGACUUCGUGCUAUCCAUAACAGGCAAGAAAGCGCCAUGCUGCGUGCUCUCUAAUCCCGACCAGAAGGGCAAGAUGAGAAGGAUCGACUGCCUGAGACAGGCUGACAAGGUGUGGAGACUCGACUUGGUCAUGGUGAUCCUGUUCAAAGGGAUUCCUCUGGAAAGCACGGACGGGGAGCGCCUGGUGAAGGGGACGCAGUGCUCCAACCACGUCCUGUGUGUCCAGCCGCACCAUAUCAGCGUCUCCGUCAAGGAGCUGGAUCUCUACCUGGCCUACUUCGUGCAGGAGAGAGAGGCAGCGGAGCAGGGCAGUAGUCCUCGCACAGGUAUCGGUUCAGACCAAGAAGACAGUCGAGCCGCCACCAUGGAUGGGCCCGAGUUUCAGGAGAGCUUUGUCACAUCGGGAGUGUUUAACGUGACCGAACUGGUACAAGUGUCCAGAACACCGGUGGUGACAGGAACAGGGCCGAACUUCUCACUCGGGGAGCUGCAGGGACACCUGGCUUACGAUCUGAACCCUACAGGCGUGACCAUGAGGAGAACCCUACCCAGCACCUCCUCUAGCGGGAGUAAGAGGCAGAAGUCCAGCUCUGUCGAGGGUGACAUCGACACCAGCCCCGGGGGUGAAUACUACACCUCACCCAACUCUCCCGCUAGCAGCUCUCGAAACUGGCAGGACGAGAUGGAAGGAGGUAUCUCCCCAGUGAAGAAGACUGAGAUGGACAGCCCAUCUCCUCAGGAGAGUUCUCCACGCCUUGGCAGCUUCACACAACACCACAGACCUGUCAUCGCAGUGCACAGCGGUCUGUGUUUUCCAGCAGGUAUCUCCCGGAGUCCGCACCCAUCGUCGUCGCUGCAUUUUUCCACGGCUCCCAUCCUGCCCCAGCCCACCUCCACCUACUUUCCCCACACGGCCAUCCGCUACCCGCCCCACCUCACCUCACAAGACCCGCUCAAGGACCUGGUCACCAUGGCCUGCGACCCGUCCAAUCAGCAAGCCAGCCCGCUGAAUGGCAGUGGUCAGGUGAAGGUCCCCCCCCACUACAUCUCCUCUCAGAUGCUGGCCCCCCCGCCUCCCCCGGCCCUGCCUCGCCUCACGCUGCCCCCUGACUCCAAACCCAGCAGCACCUCGCCAGACGCAGCCGCCACCUCGCCCACCUCCCCCACAUACUCUGCUCCCGGGACACCACCUGCCAACCGCUCCUUCGUAGGAAUCGGCCCUCGAGACCCUGCGAGUCUGUAUCAGGCUCAGUCCUGGUAUCUGGGGAACUGAUCUGGACUUGGCGGAUACACCAAAGCCGGCAUGGACACGGAUUUGAGAAAUUAUUUUUUCCGUUUUUUUUUUUUUUUUGUGGAAUUACAACACAAAACACGAACAAGAUGCAAGAGGGAAAAUUUUUUGAUUAUAUAUGCAGUAUUUGUAUAUAUACAGCAUAUGUACGUGUGUACGCAUCGAUACGUACGUGCGCACAUAUAUAGGCGUGAAGCUAUAUCAAAUGCUUGGUAAACAUUUUUUUUAUUUUUUUGAAAGACAGUGAAGAAAGGAAUGUCGGAGGAGCUCGAAUAGACUGUGGAUGCAUGAAAAGAGACGAGAGAGGAUGUUGUUUCGGAGGCGUCGGCUACACACCGAACUGCAGGCCAGAGACUGAAGCGUGCAGGAGAAGAAAAAAAAAAAGGAUAUUUAAAAAAAAAAAAGAAAAGAAAAAAAACACGCCCACUUUGCUUCCCCCCUCCCCUGGCUCUUGGAAAGGAACGGCCCUCCUCACCCUCCCUCUGCUACAGGUGCUGCUUCCUCAUAUAUGCAAAAUACGUAUGUUUUCUUUCCAGGGAAAGGAAGCCCUGAUGACGGACGGGGGAUUUUUUUUUUUUUUUUAAGCUUUAGGACUUUCCCCACACAUUCGGAGCUGAUUGUGUCCCUGUUAUUUUAACUUUUUAGGUUGAUUUUUUUCAAUUUUUAAACUGAUCUGAAUGUGGGCAGGGGUUUCGGGGCAAUAUGAAGGGUCGAUGACUUCCCCCUAUUUUCCCUUCACCUAACUUUGGGCCCCAAAAUGGCCACGUUUUCGUUCGUUUUUGAUUGACAAUCCUGUUUAUAUAUUUUUUUCCCUUUUCUUUUGAAUGCAUCACAUCUGACAUUUGUAUUAGAGAUCCACUUUUUGUUGGGUACCUGAUCCUUUUUGCUUUCUUUUAAUUUUUUAUUUUUUAACUUGAUAUGUGGUACGUCUGUGGCAUUGUACAUCACAGUCAGCGUGUGUGGGUGAUCGGUCACGUUACGCUCACAAACACACAAACAUAAACACACACAGAGAUUUAUCAACACGCCAUUACAAGCAGUCUUCAGAAAUGGCACGUACUGUUAAUACACUAAGCGUAGGCCGAUACGGAUGAUUUCGGAAGUGACGGAGCACCUUGUUUAUUUGUCUUUUCUGUGUCGCGCUGAAAAAACGUGUGUUGAUCUUGUGUGUGCGAGUGUGUAUGUGUGUGUGUGUGUGUGUAUGUAUGCGGUCUGUGUACGUUGCGUUCAUGCAUUUUAAUCUUUCUGGGGUCAGGGGUACCUCAGUGGUUAAGGCAUUGGACUACGGGUUCAGAAGAUCCCAGGUUUAAACCCCAGCACCACUAAAUUGCUCCUGUUGGCCCCUUGAGCCACGCCCUUAACCAUCAACUGCUCAGAUGUUGAUGUUGGGGAAAAAAAAAAAGGCGUCUGCCAAAUA